AUGAAUGGCACGGAAGGAGAAAACUUCUAUAUUCCCAUGUCGAACAAGACGGGAGUAGUGAGGAGCCCUUUUGAGUAUCCUCAGUACUACCUGGCUGAGCCCUGGCAAUUCUCCAUCCUGGCAGCCUACAUGUUCUUUCUGAUCAUCACUUGCUUCCCCGUCAAUUUCCUUACUUUGUACGUCACCUUCGAGCACAAGAAGCUCAGGCAGCCUCUCAACUUCAUCCUUCUCAACCUGGCCGUAGCCGAUCUCUUCAUGGUCUUCGGAGGGUUCUUUAUAACAGUGUACACAUCGCUGCACGGCUAUUUUGUCUUUGGAGUCACCGGCUGCAACUUCGAGGGAUUUUUCGCGACACUUGGUGGUGAAAUCGGCCUGUGGUCCUUGGUAGUCCUGGCUAUUGAAAGAUACGUCGUGGUUUGCAAACCCAUGAGCAACUUUAGAUUUGGCACCAACCAUGCAAUUAUGGGUGUGGCAUUCACAUGGGUGAUGGCCUUAGCAUGUGCUGUUCCCCCUCUUAUGGGAUGGUCCAGGUAUAUCCCUGAAGGACUGCAGUGUUCAUGUGGGGUUGACUAUUACACUCUGAAACCAGAGAUCAACAAUGAGUCCUUUGUCAUAUAUAUGUUCGUUGUCCACUUCCUUAUUCCUCUCAUAAUUAUUUUCUUCUGCUACGGACGUUUGGUCUGCACCGUCAAAGAGGCUGCAGCUCAGCAGCAGGAAUCCGAGAGCACCCAGAGAGCUGAGAGGGAAGUCACCCGCAUGGUCAUUAUCAUGGUCAUAUUCUUCCUGAUCUGCUGGGUGCCCUACGCAAGUGUGGCAUUCUUCAUCUUCACCAACCAGGGCAGUGAGUUCGGACCCAUCUUCAUGGCUGUUCCGGCCUUCUUCGCCAAAAGCUCUGCUCUGUACAACCCUCUGAUCUACAUCCUCUUGAACAAACAGUUCCGUAACUGCAUGAUCACCACCCUUUGCUGCGGGAAGAAUCCAUUCGAGGAGGACGAGUCGACUUCCGCCGCUGCCAGCAAGACAGAGGCUUCCUCUGUCUCCUCCAGCCAGGUGUCUCCCGCAUAA